GGGGGGACGCUCCGCGCAACCUUAGCACUUAGUGAUGCUCCACUUACCAGGGGCAGGGCAGGGGAGGAUGGAAACGGAAGAUGCAGUGCUUACCUUCGAUGGUAACGGAUAAUCAUGGGGAGUUACAUGUUGAAUGUUGUGAAUGUUGGAGAUGAGUCCUUGCUUAGAGGAAACUGGAAGUACAUCAUGUUGGACAGAGCGCAUUUCUUUGUGGUUCUGGGGUUUCUGCAGCAGAGCCCAAUGAAACUGCCAGUAAAGCGCAGCCGAUGGCAUCCCUCAUGCAGAUCCAGCCGCGACAUGGCCACCGCUCUCCUAAGGAAAGUGGUUUCCGCCGUGGGCCCCCUGCUGCACCUGGGUGGCCUCCCGCUCUCCUCUCUCGCGCCGUGCCACCCGCGCGCCUGCCGUCAGGUCGGUGCGGCCCCCAGCCCGGCGGCCGCGCUCCUCUCCGCGCGCCUGGUACUCGGCCUGCAGCAGCCAGCCCUGGGCUUCAAGACCAAGGGCGUCCUCAAGAAGCGGUGCAAGGGCUGCUACCUGGUCAAGAGGCGCGGGCGUUGGUUCGUCUACUGCAAGACCAACCCGAAGCACAAGCAGAGACAAAUGUAGCCCUCGGACUGGGAAAUCCCUGCCCGGGAGACGGUGCUGCCUCGUCGAAAGGAAAAUAACAAGUAAACAUUGUGUAGCCUCCGUUCUGCUGACCUUCGGGUGUUGUGGCCUCUGCGGCCUGCGUCUCACCUCCUUGUGGCUCAGGAUCCAGCCAAGCCUGAGGCCCACCUGGGAACGUGUCCUUCUUAGCGCCUGCGCAACCUGUGUUUGCGCUCGGGCAGAGGACCGAACAUCGGAGGGAGGGAAAGCUGGCUUUAUCCCACGUCAGAAUGCAGGUCCUUUAGAAGACCACCCUGUGCGUUGGCUCUCUCUCGGCCCUGUCUCUGCGUUCAGCCACACUGCUGCUUCCCUGUGGAUUCAGACACGUGUUCUCAACAUUCCCAUCUCCAGGAUAAGCAGGGAAGGCCGUGAUAGCAGUCUUUAAGUCAAGGGAAAUUUAACUUCUUUAUACAUAUAUAAAGGUAUUUUGGGCAUUGAUUAAAUAUGUUUGUCAUCCUUAGUCUGAGACUUGAGAAGUGUGUGCGCGCACGUGUGUCCAUGGGUGCAUGGGUGCAGUGUGCAUGCAUGUGUGAACUGUGUGCAGUGUAUGCAUGGGUGCAGUGUGUGUGUGUGUGUGUGUGUGCACACGUGUGUGCAGUGGGUAUGAGCUGCUGCUGUGGACUCUGCAGACUGACCUGGAGCCAGUGGUGCGCAGUGUCCUGGUGUCGCCUGUCACGGGGUCACAGCCUGAUGAGUUUUUGAAUCAUCCUUCUCUCCUGGGCUUAUCAGCCUCUGUUUGAUCUAAGAUAAGAGCAUGACCAAACCCCUUGCAGCUCAUCUACUUCCCGAUACCUGGAUGGACCAGCAUUUAGAGCCCUGAGAUUGCAGCACAACAAAAAAGUCGGUUUAGGUCAGAAGGCAGCAAAUUACAAUCCACAGGCCAGAUCCAGCCUGCAACCCAUUUUUGUAAAUAAAGCUUUAUUGGAAAACAGCCAUGCCAUUCAUUUAUGUUUUGUUAAACCUACAGCAGCCAAAGUAGUAGCUGAGUAGUUAUAUCAGAGACCUUAUGACCUGGAAAACCUAACAUAUUUACUACUGGGGCUGUAUUUUCAGGAAAAGAGUACCAAUCCCCUGUUCAGAUCAUUAAAUAAGUUUCGUAUCCUAGGAUUUGACUUCACUAUGACACAACCUACCAGAAACAUUUCAUGUUUUCUGUAUUAUCCAUAUAGUGAGAGAGAUCUUUGUACAUACUGGCCAGGAACGAAUAG